AUGAAAAUAGCAAACUCCCGGGUGAAGAAGAUCCUUGUUGACAGUGGAUCCUCAGCCGACAUCAUCACACUUGAUUGUCUGCUCAAACUAAAGUACACCGAGAAGGAUGUGAUCCCUACCAACCAACCGUUGAUCGGUUUCGGAGGCGGGUCGGUCUACCCUCUCGGUCAUGUAAAGCUGGCUGUAAAACCCGGGGAGAGAGGAAAGGGCAGGAGUCUACCAAUAGACUUCCUAGUUGUUGACACCCCGCUGCCUUACAACGUCAUCAUGGGCAGGCCCACCAUGAACAAGAUAAAGGUUGCCAUCUCGGUAUAUCAGCUGCUGCUCCAGUAUGAAACCGACGAUGGGCAAGUUGGGAAGAUAUAUGGUGAUCAGCAAACAGCCCGGGAGUGUUACAUCAACAGCUUCCGAACCAAAGCACCCGAGGAGAAGAAGGAAAAGAAGAGAAAGAGAGAAGAACCAGCAGAAAUCCCCGCGGGGCUCGGGGUAUAUAUAUCUGAAAACCCCAAGUAUUAUGAACGACCCCGUCCUGUGGAGGAAGUCGAAGAGGUCGUGAUAGAGCCAGAGGUCGGGCAUACUUUGAGGAUUGGCUCAAACCUCAAUCCCGAGAUCAGGAGCACUGAUUCAGCCUUGAAAGAGUUAAGGAUGUUUUGCUUAUUCAGCUGCGAAUGCAAGGGUGAACCCCGACUUUGCUCCACUGAGCUAAACAUCAAGGAAGGGUUCCUCCCCAUCAAGCAAAAGCUCAGGCAUCAGGGUCCCGAGAGGAAUGCCGCAGCUGCAGAGGAAGUGAAGAAGCUACUAGAGGCAGGAAUCAUCGAGGAGUGCCAAUAUACAGAAUGGUUGGCCAAUAUGGUCUAG